AUGAAAAAAGCUGCCGAGUUUGCUCAACAAUAUGGUAUGGGGAUAGUAAUUGUUAAUAACACUGACAAUCUUGGCUUUGAAAGAUUUUAUGUUAAUAGGAUGUUUUUACAAUAUGGCGUGAUUGGUAUCGUCUUCUCCGAAAACUCGAUGUAUUUCAGUACUAAUGAACUUGCUGAUGUUUUUUAUCUUCCUAAAGGGAGCAUUGAAGAAAUUAAAGGGAUUUUAGCAUUGUUUGACUUGAAUAACGAGGAGUUAUUUGAAGGGAAAACGGUUUGUCUCUUCAUUUUUUCUUUUAUUAAAACAUGA